CAAUGAACAUUUUUUUUUUUUAAUCGUUUCGAAAAUUUGCGACGCUUUUUUUUUAAUUAAAUUAUUUCUAAUAUGAACAGCGAUAUGAUAAAUAUUCGACAAUGAAUGAAAUUAUUACUACGUGCGACAUUACUUCUGAAUUGUAAUUCGAAGGUUUUUAGACGAGAGAUUAUAUGACUAUAGUGUACCAAUUGUUUGGUCCAUUUAAGAUUUAAAUUUAUAUGAAUUAUAUUGUAUAAUAUUAAUUAUAAAUUAAAAAUCGGUCGUUUAUAAUAUUUAUGAUCAUGCAAACAUUAAAAAAUACAGUACGAUCAUUUCUUUCUAAAAAUAACUCCGCUGUGAUAUUUAUCCAAAGAAAAGGAUUAAAAAUAUUUGAUCCACCUGUUAAGAUUCAAAAUGUUGAAUAUCCUGAGAAAAAUAAACUUAAAAUUAUGGAAAAAGUCCCGCAAUAUCCAUCAAAUUUGCGUCCUUUUAAAAUGCAAAAGAAGUUAAAGUUAAUGCGUGGAUCAGAAACUGUACACAAUACUUUAUUACACAAGCAAUAUGGAAUUAUAGCUACAGGAGGUGGAAGAUUAAAAUAUGGUCAUUUUGAAAUGAUACGUAUGACGCUUUUACGUAAAUUUGAUUUUAAUAAUAUAUUUGCUAUCUGGCGUGUUGAUGCACCAUGGCAACCUGUUACUAAAAAGAGCCAAGGUUCACGUAUGGGAAGUGGUAAAGGAUCGAUAGAUCAUUAUGUUACUCCAAUUAAAGCUGGAAGAGUAAUUGUGGAAAUUGGCGGGGAUAUACAAUAUUUUCAAGUAAAGAAAGUAUUAAAAGAUAUAGCAGCCAAAUGUCCAUUUAAAGCUAUGGCUGUUAGUCAAGAAAUAUUAGAUAAAAUGGCGGAAAAAGAAAAACAAAAAGAGGAAAGUAAUUUGAAUCCUUGGACGUGGAAAUAUAUUAUUCAGAAUAAUAUUGGUGGUUGUCAUAAUUGGAUAUCGCCGUUUGACAAAAGAUGGUACAAUAAAUAUAUAUAAAUUAAAUAGUAUUAAAUUUAAAUGGGUACCCUUUAAUUAAAUAUUACUUAUUAAUAAAUCAUUUAUAUCUAAUACGGAAUAAAUACUAAUAAAUAAUA